AUGGUUCUCAAGCUCCACGGAUCCCCCUGGUCGACUUGCACGUCCCGCGUGCGCCUCGCGCUCAUUGAGAAGGGCGUCGAUGCCGAAAUAGUCAACGUCGACCUGGCCAAGGGAGAACACCUGGCAGAGACUUAUUUGGAAAUGCAGCCCUUUGGCAAAGUGCCUGUCCUGCAGGAUACCGAGACAGGCGUUCAAGUCUUCGAAAGCAGAGCUAUUGCUCAAUAUAUCAUCGCCAAAUACCGUGGCCAGGGGGCAGAGCUUGCCCCCCGGAGUCUGAUCUUAAAGCCUAUGCUCUGUACCAGCAGCGAGGCUAUCUCCAUUGAACAAUCCUACUUUGAUCCCCCUAUUGCACAGCUCGCCUACGAAAAGGUCUGGAAGUCCAUGAAGGGCGAGGGCGAAACCGACGAAGCGCGCGUCAAGGCGCUGCUUGCGCAGCUGGACCAGACUCUCCAGGGCUACGAGCGGGUGCUUUCCAAGCAGAAGUACCUUGCCGGCGACGAGAUCACAUUUGCGGAUCUGUCGCAUCUGCCGUACGGGGUGUUUGUGGAGCCGUUUGGGUUCGCGGACUUGAUUGCAAAGUACCCCCAUUUCCAGAAGUACUGGGAGGACUUGAAGUCCAGGGAGAGCUGGAAGAAGGUUUCCGCUUCGUCUUAG